AUGUCGUCAUUUAGCAUACACAAUAAUAACAACAAACAAACAGAUCAACUGAUUAAAGCAGAAUCACCAAUACCACAACAGCAGCAUCAACAUCAACAUCAACAUCAAACGCAAUCGAAUAUCAAACUGACACCACUACCACAACCACAACUACAACUACAACCACAGCCACUUGUCCAACAAACACAGUCCUUCACUAGCUUUCGUCGCUCAUCGCCAGUACCAAAAGAUUUGAAAAUACUUUGCAUAAACUUUAAUCAAGAUCAUGGGUGUUUUGCCAUUGGUCAUGAGUUGGGAUUUCUUGUCUACAAUACUGAUCCUAUAGAACUACGGGUGAAGCGGAAUUUUAACAUUGGAGGUAGUAGCAGUACCCCAUCAAGAUACAACUUGAACACUGCCACAGCAUCUAAUCAAGUAACUAAUUCCAUAGUUAAUACAACUACUCCAGGAUCAGGAUCGGGCAUUGGCCACAUCACCAUGUUACAUCGAACGAACUACUUGGCUAUAGUUGGUGGAGGCAUCCAUCCUCGUUUCCCUAAUAAUAAAUUAAUCAUCUGGGAUGAUUUAAAGAGGAAAAACAGCUUAUCGUUAGAAUUUGACCAGCCAGUUCUCAACAUCCUUUUAUCGCGGAUCAAAAUUGUUGUCAUUCUAAUUGAUGAGAUUAUUGUAUAUUCAUUUUCAUCCCCACCUAAAAAGUUGAUUAGUUUUGAAACUAGUCGCAAUGAGUUUGGUGUUGCCGAUAUGUCAGUUACAACUCCCACUACGGCAGCAACAACUUCUACUUCAUCUCCUACCCGAAAGGAGCGCGCAUCAUCAGAUACAGCAUAUACACAUGAUGGUCAAUUGGCUCCUCGCAUGCCUCGAGGAAGUCAUGGCUCGGUGUCAAGUGCAGGUUCAACAACCAGCAAUGCAUCACUCAACAGCAUCUUGAAUCAUAAUAACAAGAGUGUUUACAACAACAGUAACCACAACAACACCACCACCACCACCCACCAACCGAGCACCAUUCUUGUAUUCCCUGGUAAAGCAAUUGGUCAAAUCCAAAUUGUCGAUCUUGUUCAACAGCAACAAGGCUCAUCAGUCAAUAUAAUCAAGGCUCAUAAGUCUACUAUACGAAACUUGUGCAUAAAUAAAACCGGAACUAUGGUAGCUAGUGCAUCAGUAUUUGGCACUUUAAUUCGAGUCCACUCAACUAAAUCAACAAUUUUGCUUUAUGAGUUCCGUCGAGGGAUAGAUAAAGCCGAUAUUACUUCGAUGAAGUUUAGUCAUAAUGAUUCUAAGCUUGCCGUGUUAUCAGACAAGUACACUCUUCAUAUAUUCAAUCUACACCAAGACAACCACGAGCAACAACAACAAGAACAAGAGGACCAAAAACUCCCCAUCCAGGAGAACAAACACCACGCAUUGAAUAAAUUCAUUAGUUUUUUGCCUAGCACAUUAAUCCCGCAAUAUUUCAAAAGCACCUGGAGUUACUGUAGUGUCAAUACCAACAAGUACCACCAACAGGAACUGGAAUUGGACACAGGUGAGUUGGGCUGGGUCGGUGAUGAUGGAGUGGUUAUUGUUUGGCAAAAGAAGAAAAUUUGGGAAAAGUAUUCGAUUUUACAAAAGAGUGACCAUGGCGAUGGUGAAAGUUCGCUGGGGGAUAAGAAGGCCUCACUCGAGUAUGAAAUUGUAAGAACAAGUUGGAAAUCAUUGGAUAGUGAAUAG